UACUUGGCGAAUUUCUAUUGGCUUUUGAAUCUGAAAAUCAAAAUCCAAAUUGAAUUUGUUAUAUUGAAUAUAAAUAGGUACUUAAUUUUAAAAGAAAAAUCGACAAAAUGAAGUAUAAAUCCUUGUUAAUUUUCUCAAUAGUUCUUAUAUGCUACAAUAGCGAUGCACAAACGAGAGCAAAAGGGCUUGAGGAGAAAGUCCAGCAACUCACAGAUAUGACAGCGAAACAGUCAAUAAUACCUCUGAAUCUGAACAAGUUCAAGGAGUUUGUCCGGUCUCCGCCCAGGGACUACUCCUUUGUGGUCAUGUUCACCGCAAUGGCCCCGGCGCGGCGCUGCGCUAUAUGCCAGCAUGUCUAUGACGAGUAUUUGAUUGUGGCCAACUCCUUCCGAUACUCUCCAUCUUAUAGUAAUAAAAUGUUCUUUGGUAUAGUUGACUUUGAUGAAGGAUCUGAUAUCUUCCAAAUGCUGCGUCUCACUACAGCACCAGUGAUCAUGCACUUCCCUGCCAAGGGCAAACCCAAACCAGCUGACUCUAUGGACUUUGAGAGGGCCGGUAUACAUGCAGAGGCCAUUAUUAAGUGGAUACAGGAUAGAACAGACAUACAGAUAAGAGUGUUCCGCCCUCCAAACUACUCUGGUGCAGUAGCGUUUUCCAUGCUCUUCAUCUUAGUGGCUGGUUUCUUGUACCUCCGCCGUAACAACCUCGAAUUUUUGUACAACAAACAAAUGUGGGCCGUCGCCGCCUUGUUCUUCUGCUUCGCCAUGGUGUCAGGACAGAUGUGGAACCAGAUAAGGGGCCCACCAUUCUUCCAUAGGACCAAGAAUGGCCCGGUGUAUAUAAACGGAGGCUCGCACGGACAGUUUGUGUUGGAGAGCUACAUUGUGGCUAUAUUGAACGGCGCAGUAGUGGUGGGCAUGAUCAUGAUGAUCGAAGCGGCGGGCGGAGUGAGCGGGACGGACGCGCAGCGCGCACAGGAGGGAAAGAGACGCCGCUUCCAGACCGUUUUCGGGUUGGUGUUGGUGUGUGUGUUCUUCUCGCUGCUGCUGUCUGUGUUCAGGGCCAAAACACAGGGGUACCCUUACAGUUUCCUGUUCAAAUAAGGACACAUUUAAGUAUUAAGGUGGUUGUUAUGUGUGCAAUUAUAGUGAGUGAUGUAUUUUGUUAAUAAAAAUCCACUAUUUAGUUUAAUAUUAAUUUAUUUCUCAUUGAUCUGUAAAUAAAUGUAUUAAAAUAAAUAUAAAAA